CGGGCCCGGCCCCCCGCCGUCCCCGCCGCCCGCCACCGCCGCCCGCCGCCCGCCCGCCCGGCUCCUCCGGCCGCCGCCGCUGCGCUGCGCUGCGCUGCCUGCGGCCCAGGGCUCGGGAGGGGGCCGCGGAGGAGCCGCCCCCUGCGCCCGGCCCCCGCCCGCCGCGCCCGGGCCCGCGCCAUGGGGCUUUGGCUGCCGCCGCCCCCCGCGCCGCCAGGCUAGGGCGAUGCGGGCGCCCCCGGCGCGCGGCCCCCGCGGGCACCAUGAGCCCCCUGCUCCGCCGCCUGCUGCUCGCCGCGCUCCUGCAGCUGGCUCCCGCCCAGGCUCCUGACACCCAGCCUGAGGCUCCUGGCCACCAGAAGAAAGGUAAUAGUGAUGACAGUGACUUGGUAACUGCCAACACUAAGAGGGCUUGCCACCUGCCCAGGCUCCAGGUUUCCAUCAUGCUGUGUAAUCAAUCACAACUCCCUUUAGUGUCAUGGAUAGAUGUGUACACCCGCGCCACCUGCCAGCCGCGGGAGGUGGUGGUGCCCCUGACCAUGGAGCUUGUGGGCACCAUGGCCAAGCAGCUGGUGCCCAGCUGCGUGACCGUGCACCGCUGCGGUGGCUGCUGCCCUGACGACGGCCUGGAGUGUGUGCCCAUCGGGCAGCACGAAGUCCGAAUGCAGAUCCUCAUGAUCCGGUAUCCAAGCAGUCAGCUGGGGGAGAUGUCGCUGGAAGAGCACAGCCAGUGUGAAUGCAGACCAAAAAAAAAAGAGAGUGCUGUGAAGCCAGAGAGGGCUUCCACUCCCCACCACCGCCCCCAGCCCCGCUCUGUUCCGGGCUGGGACUCCAUCCCCAGAGCACCCUCCCCAGCUGACAUCACCCAUCCCACUCCAGCCCCAGGCCCCUCUGCCCACCCUGCUCCCAGCGCCGCCAGCGCCCUGACCCCCGGACCUGCCGCUGCCACUGCCGACGCCGCAGCUUCCUCCGUUGCCAAGGGCGGGGCUUAGAGCUCAACCCAGACACCUGCAGGUGCCGGAAGCUGCGAAGGUGACACAUUGCUUUCCAGACUCAGCAAGGCCACUUGCCUCCCAGGCCACACCCCAGAGGAGGACAAGAGGAGAGCCUGGGGAGAACAGCCCAGCCCCCAAGACCUCCACCGGGGCAGAUGCUGCUCCAGGACCUGGGCCUCUCAGAGGUCUCUCCUGCCAUCCCUUGUCCCCCAUGACUGUCAUGCAACAUGGCACAGUUGGAUGAGGAGACCUGAAGGCAUCAGGAGGAUCAUGUACCAAUUUGGGGGAGAAUGAGAUUCUUUCUGUUUUUAGCCAUCUUGUGCAAGUGAGCAUCUUACACCUGGCUCCUCCCUUCCCCACUAGGAAGACCCCAAUCCCUUGCAAGUAAUGGGAUUUGGGUUUUGGUACGAGGACUGUACAACCCUGAUAAAAGAGACGGAAGGAGCUGUC